AGGAUGAAGCGGAAUAAUGGUUUCCGGAGCGUGGAAACGGGCCGGAAGUGACUAGGAAGAAAGGUUAAGGGGCGGGCCGAGAGUGCGGGGCACGAAAGGUGUCCUUCACCCACUUGCAGAAGCGGUGAGGGGCAGAGAAUCAGCGAUCUACCAGCCGCUCCCUGGGCCUCCAAGGGAAGGGAAUCUGCAUGGCCUGCUCCAGGCAAACUGAAAAAUAGAGAAACCACUGCAGCCACCUACUGUGUGCCAUGGCCCCGACACAGCAUGGCGUCUUGCCCCACACGGACCUGCAGGUGGCCUCUUAGGAGCUGCCUCGCUGAAGGAGGUCAUCCCUCUCAGUCACAUCUGAGCAGCACUCACUCAGGCCUCGGCCCUGAGGGUCAUGCGGGGGCGCCUGGCCCAGUUCCCUGCUGUGUCUGGUCUGGCGUCUAUCUGCCUUUGGGCUACCUUUUCAGCACAGCUCCCUGGGCCUGUGGCUGCUCCAAGCUGGACUCCAGCUCCCCUGGGCUGCAGUGCUGCUCCCUAUGGUCCAGAAACAAGGCCCGGCACGGCGGCUCCCAGCUUAGCAGCAUCUCUGGCGCAGGCUGGCCCAGGAGCUCCCUGCAGAGUGCUGCCCAUUGACUCAGCCCCAGCUGUACUCAAGUCCGUCCGAGAACCGGGCUGGCUGGGGUGCCUCUGACGGAGCUUCCCUUUUCUCCAAGCCUUGCUGAAUUUCCUGAGGAAAAGCACGAUGUUCUCCUGGACACAAGGGAGGCAGAAUCUCUUGAAGUAGAAUAAACUGCACUCCUUUCUAGUCUUCCUUUCUCAGCUUCUCCUGGACCGCCAGCUCCUCAAUGCGCCUCAGACACUCCAUACCCGCACUGAGGAGGCUCCUCCUGCCCUGGCCCAUCUCAUGCCCCCUUGGCUGUUGAUACAGCUCCCCUGUGUGCAUGUCGCCCUGUGCCAGAUGCUCAGGGACUUCUCAGACUCCUGGAUCACUCCGAGUACACUGGCCACGCAACCUGAUGCACAAACUGCAGUGCCAGCCAAGGACCAGGAAUCUGACCUUGUCGGAGAUGAAGGGAUCCUUCAUGACAGCUUUCCUCCAGGACUAUCGACUGGGUGUAGGGAGCUGUCAAGGCAUAGAGUUCACACUCAAACACUCCCAGAGCGCGGCACUCUGCAUGAGACGCCAUCCAGCUCCUUUGACUACGGAAUCAAGUACAACAUUAUCAGCUGGCCUCUAGCUCCUGGUUGUGACCUCCCCUCUCCUGAACUGAGCUUGGCUUAUCGAAGUUUUGGCUUUGUUGCAAGAGCAGGUCAAGAUUUAACUUUUCUUCAGUGAGCAAGUGUGCAGAUUGUCAAAUAUGUCAGUUCAUCAAAUAAGAAAACGUGCAGUUCUCCCACCUAUCAUUUGUAGAAGUGACAAGGAAUUUUUGGAAAGUAUGCAAAGAUACAUAAUUACAGAAACUGAAAGACUGGGCUGUAAUGAGGAAGGACCUGCUGAUGAAUAUUACAUCAUAUACCGAAAUGUUUUUGAUAAGGUAAUAGAGCAUGUCACUGCAUACAAAUCCAUUCUUACUUCAAUCAAAAAAGAAUAUGAUGCCUUUAUUGAGACAAUAAAGAAAGGCCGAAGAACUGCAUUUUGUCUUCAUGGAAAACUUAAAGGUUUGGCAGCAGAGCCUACAGCUUUGGUAUAUCACAGGAAAAGAACAAUCCAACUUGAAGCAAAAAUGAGGAUUAUUGAAAAUAAUUCCUCGAAGAUUCAAUCUCAAAUAGAUCAAAUCAAGCAGUCUAGGGCAGCGUAUGACACGAAAGAAGUAAAAUAUUGUACUUUCUCCAAAGAUCCUUCAAAACCUAUUCCAGGCAUGACUCUCCAAGAAUCCAUGAAUCUAGAUGCUCUCACUAAAUAUAUGAAACAUCUUGAAGAUAAAUAUGCAGAAAUUAAACAAGCUAUGUUGAUAAAAUAUGUGCCAGCUCAGAGGAAGUCUGAUUUAGAUGAAGAAAUGAUUGUGUUAUUAAAACGGCGAGAUGUAGCUGAAAAUCUGAACAGAAAGUUACAGUUUUGUCAUCAAAGACUGCAGAUAAUUUCACAGGCACUUACUUCAUGGGUAAAAUCUGAUAUGAGCAGCCCAUUUCAAGACUUUGUGGAGCAAAUUCAGAAAACCAAAUAUUUACAAGGUGACCAAGGCAUUGUUGAAGAACUAAUGGAAGAUGAUCCACACAGGGCAAAAGAAGCUGAAAUUAUGCUUCACUACAUUGAAAGAUUUAAUGAGUUAAUCUCACUUGGUGAAUAUGAAAAGGCAGCUUGUUAUGCAGCAAACAGUCCUAGAAGAAUUCUUCGAAACAUUGGCACAAUGAAUACAUUUAAGGCUGUUGGAAAAAUUAGAGGAAAGCCUCUUCCAUUACUCUUAUUUUUUGAGGCCCUCUUUAUCACAAGUCAUGCUUUUCGAUGUCCUGUUGAUGCAGCUCUAACCCUGGAAGGAAUCAAAUGUGGAUUAUCGGAAAAACGGUUAGAUUUGGUUAUCAAUUGGGUUACACAGCAAAGACUGACAUUUUCUGAGGAGGCUGGGGAUGUGAUUUGUGAUUAUGGGGAGCAGGAUACUUAUAACAAGGCCAAGUGCCUGGCUUUAGCUCAGAUUAUCUACAGUGAAUGUGGCCUGCACAAGAAAGCUAUUCUUUGCUUGUGUAAACAGGGUCAGACUCAUAGGGUCAUGGAGUACAUACAGCAGUUCAAGGACUUUACUACCGAUGACCUGUUGCAGCUAUUAAUGUCAUGUCCCCAAAUUGAAUUAAUUCAGUGUCUCACUAAAGAGUUGAAUGAGAAACAAACAUCUUUAUCUUUUGGUCUUGCCAUACUUCAUCUGUUCUCUGUAGAUAAGAAAAAAAUUGGCAUUAAGCUACUUCAAGAAAUAAAUAAAGGUGGGAUAGAUGCAGUAGAAAGUCUUAUGAUAAAUGAUUCAUUUUGCUCCACAGAAAGGUGGCAAGAAGUGGCAAAUAUAUGUUCACAGAAUGGCUUUGACAAAUUAUCUAAUGACAUCAUGUCUAUUCUUCGAUCUCAGGCUGCAGUUACAGAAAUUUCUGAAGAGGAUGACGCAGUUAACCUAAUGGAACAUGUGUUUUGGUAGUUCUAUGUCUUAACCAGCUGAGGGAGCUUGUACAACACUUUAUGUAUGCUGGUUGGGCAAACUGAUUUUAACAUAACUAACUUAUAAAUAAAUUUAGAGUAAGCUCUCAGAAAUAAAUCACACUUUUGUUAUGAUGACA